AUGGACUUGGGGACAGGCGUACUAGUAGCCCGCAAGACGGGACUGGAAGCUCUCAUCCACGAGGUGAACUGGAGACCCAGAAGGAGAUUGAGAAAGCUCGAGAGAAGUGACGUGCGUCUCAGCCCUCACCAUUUACAAUGUGCCACUGUACCGGAGAGGUUGGACGCAGCUGGACAGAUUGGCGUAUAUACGGGUGUUCGAGGUAUAAGAGUCCAUAACAUGAGUCUUGGCGAUCUAUUCGGCCGCGUGAGCGACGGGUUCCGUGAUUCCAAGCCUAAACUCCAAUAA